AUGGAUCGGCUGGUUAAUGUCACUGACUACGAUUGUGUGGCUAACCUACGAAUGGACCGUAACACUUUCGGCCGCCUUAGUCGUGUUCUAUCAAGUCGAACUGGUGUGGUAACUGGAAAGUGCGUUGGUGUAGAAGAACAAGUUGGAAUGUCCGUGCUUGUGUUGGCGCAUCACCAAAAGAAUCGGGUGGUCAAGUUCCAGUUUUGGAGAUCUGGAUCGACGGUUUUCCAUUACGUGAACAAAGUGUUGGGGGCUGUACUGAGUUUACAUGAUAUAUUGUUGUCUAAACCUGAGGCGGUUCCUGUUGGGUGUCUGGACAACGGGUGGAAAUGGUUCAAGGUGUGCUUAGUGACUGAGUUCAUCUUACUGAAUGGGUGUCUGGGGGCGCUUGACGGUACACACAUUAACGUAUUGGUGAGCAGUACAGACAAGCCACGGUAUCGAAUGCGAAAAGGGCAGAUUGCAACAAAUACAUUGCCGGUUUGUGAUAGAGACAUGCAAUUUGUGUUCGUCCUCCCAGGGUGGGAGGGUUCGGCAGGGGAUUCCCGGGUGUUGCGUGAUGCCGUGACACAACAAGGAGGGCUAAGGGUCCCGCAAGGAUGCUAUUACUUAUGCGACAACGGUUAUGCAAACAGUAACGGCUUCUUGACGCCCUACAAAGGAGUCCGAUACCACCUGAAAGAGUGGGGUCCUGGUAAUGCGGCACCGCAGAAUCCAAAAGAAUUGUCCAACAUGAGACACACUAAAGCGAGGAAUAUAAUCGAGCGCGCGUUUGCGGUGUUGAAGAUGCGCUGGGGCAUCCUGCGUUGUGCAUCAUAUUACCCUAUCAAAACUCAGAUACGGUUGACUAUGGCGUGCUUUCUGUUGCAUAAUUUCAUACGGCGGGAGAUGUCUGUUGACCCUAUAGAAGCCCAGAUUGAGUCGAACGUAGAAUACACCACCAACAUUCACGAUGUGGACGGAGCUGAUUUUGUCGACCACGUGGAACCGUAA